CCAGCUCCCCUUCCUGCAUGGGGCAAUCAGGAAUGCCUUCAAGAGAAAAAUGGCAUUUGUUCUGGGUCUUGACAGGUGACAUUCCCAUCACCCCACAUCCUCAACUCUGACAACAGCUUCUGAGACCUGAAUUACAGACCAUCAUUUUAAUCGGACAAACCACAACUGAAACAAGCUUCUCUUUGGUGUCACGAUGGCCGCCCAAGGCAGGGGAACUUCAGGCCUCAUCCCCAGGGGUGCUGUUCUCCGGAGGCAGGAGGGGCGCUUGACCGUGAAACAGGAGCCAGAGAGCCAGAGCUGGGGACAGGGCUGCAGUCUCCAAAAGAAUCACCCUCCUGUCUGUGAAAUUUUCCGGCUGCACUUCAGGCAGUUAUGUUAUCACGAGAUGUCUGGGCCGCAGGAGGCACUGAGCCGGCUCCGGGAGCUCUGCCGCUGGUGGCUGAUGCCAGAGGUGCACACCAAGGAGCAGAUCCUGGAGCUGCUGGUCCUGGAGCAGUUCCUGAGCAUCCUGCCAGGGGAACUGCAGACCUGGGUGCAGCUGCAUCACCCUGAGAGUGGUGAGGAGGCUGUGGCUGUGGUGGAGGAUUUCCAGAGACACGUUAGUGGACCAGGAGAGGUUUCACCUCCGGCACAGGAACAGGAAAUGCAUUCAGAGGAGAUGACAGCCUUGGGUGCAACAGAGGAAUCUCCUCCUACCUCACUUCUCAGUGAGGGUUCGGCACCCAGAGCCCACCUGGAGCCUCCUGGUGACCCUGGGGCACACCAGCACCUCCCCAUUGGGCACUCUGCUCAGCAUGCUUCCUCGGUGCCUGCCCUUCCCCAAGUGGGGAACAUAGGAGACCAAGCAGCGGCAACUGUGCUCCAGAUGGUCAGGCCCCAGGAGGCUGCAGAGUUCGAGUUCCUGUCUGUGGACUAUACUCAGAAGAAGUGGAAAGGUCCGGCACUCAGUCAGAAAGCAGCCCUGUACCGGAAUAUCAUGCCAGAAAAUUGCUGCAGCCUAGCUUCAUUGGGUGAGAACAGGAUGGAGAGUUCAGAGUUGCCUCCAAAGCAGAAAAUUUCUGAAGAAUCGGAGUCAUCUGAUAGGACCUCAGGAAUACUCUAUGGAGUGAUUCCUGGAGGACCAGAAGCUGGAGAUGCCUGUGAAGAGGCUUUAGAGAAGCUAGAAGUUCAACCCUCAGGUGAACAAGGGAGCAGACUGAAGAGUGAUUUCUUGGAAUUAACACAAGAGGAUAAAAAUAAAUGCACAGAAGAUGAAUGUGAUGAAUAUAAGGAACUUGAGGAACAUCCAGAUCUGUCCUCAAGUCCUGCAGAACAUCAGGGAAUUAUGAAGGGACAGAAAUUCUAUCACUGUGAUGAAUGUGGCAAAGCUUUUAAUCGGAGUUCUCACCUCAUUGGGCAUCAGAGAAUCCACACUGGAGAGAAACCGUAUGAGUGCAAUGAGUGUGGCAAGACCUUCAGGCAGACCUCUCAGCUUAUAGUACAUCUCAGAAUCCACACAGGGGAGAAGCCCUAUGAAUGCAGUGAUUGCAGAAAGACCUAUCGCCACAGCUCCCAUCUCGUUCAACACCAGAGACUCCAUAAUGGGGAGAAAUCAUAUAAAUGUAACGAAUGUGCAAAAGCUUUCACUCAGAGUUCCCAACUCAUUGACCACCAGAGAACCCAUACCGGGGAGAAACCCUAUGAAUGCAAUGAGUGUGGGGAGGCCUUCAUUCAGAACAAAAGCCUAGUCCGCCAUCAGGUACUUCACAGUGGUGAGAAACCUUACAAGUGUAAUGAGUGUGGGAAAGCUUUCUGUUCCAACAGAAAUCUUAUUGACCAUCAGAGAAUCCACACUGGGGAGAAGCCUUACGAGUGUAAUGAAUGUGGCAAGGCCUUCAGUCGAAGUAAAUGUCUUAUUCGACAUAAGAGCCUCCACACUGGGGAAAAACCAUUCAAAUGCAGUGAGUGUGGGAAAGCCUUCAAUCAGAACUCUCAACUUGUUGACCAUGAGCGAAUUCAUACUGGAGAAAAACCUUUUGAAUGUAAUGAGUGUGGUAAGGCAUUCAGUCUGAGUAAAUGUCUCAUUCGACAUCAGAGACUUCACACGGGUGAAAAGCCCUAUAAAUGCAAAGAGUGUGGAAAAUCCUUCAAUCAAAACUCACAUCUUAUUAUACACCAGAGAAUUCACACUGGUGAGAAACCUUAUGAAUGUAAUGAAUGUGGGAAGGUCUUCAGUUACAGCUCCAGUCUUAUGGUACAUCAGAGAACUCAUACUGGGGAGAAACCCUAUAAGUGCAAAGAUUGUGAGAAGGCUUUUAGUGACAGCUCACAGCUCAUUGUGCAUCAGAGAGUUCACACUGGAGAGAAACCCUAUGAGUGUAUUGAGUGUGGGAAAGCCUUCAGUCAGCGUUCUACUUUCAAUCACCACCAGCGAACUCACACAGGAGAAAAGCACUCAGGUCUGGCUCGGUCUGUUUUUUAAGACAUGAUUCUCUAAGACAGCAAGGAACUCUGAGUUAAGGUUUCUAUAUAAGAAGUAUGCUCACCCUGGUCUCCUCUUGGAACCACUAAUCAAAGUGGAUCAUUCCCUAAACUCUGGUGGUCACAAAGGUGGGAGAGUGGGAGUAACAGUAUGGUCCUUCCCCACUAAGGACUACACAUUUCAUGUGCUUGUAGAUUUCUUUCCUUCUUUCUUUUUUUUUCAUCUGUUUAAAAUCUAUCUCAUUUCUUACUUAGGCGUCCCAAAAUCAGACUGUGUACUUCCCAAAGACAGCGGUAUUUCCUUAUUCUGUUCCACUUCCUCCAUUUUACCAUUUAUAUAAAGUCAUUCUCCAAGGUACUGAUUCAUUGUUUCCUUCUCUUGGCUGUGGCCCUCUUUAUCUACUUUUUUUUUUUUAACAUCUUUAUUGGAGUAAAAUUUCUUUACAAUAGUGUGUUAGUUUCUGCUUUAUAACAAAGUGAAUCAGUUAUACAUAUACAUAUGUCCCCAUAUCUCUUCCUUCUUGCGUCUCCCUCCCUCCCACCCUCCCUAUCCCACCCCUCUAGGUGGUCACAAAGCACCAAACUGA